AUGACCCAGGUCGAAAUCAACAAGGAGGACCAGGGGGUCAUGAACCUCGGCAAGCACUGCCACAAGUGCCAGCAGCUCGACUUCCUCCCGUUCCACUGCGAGUUUUGCAACCACGUCUACUGUUCCCAGCAUAGAUCGCUAGAUCUCCACAACUGCGUUGGAAGACCAAGCACACCUACAAACGGACAUAGUUACACGGGGCCAACGGCAGCUUCGCUCUUUCCGGAUAAGGAAAAGAGACAGCAGGAGCUUGAGCUGCGACUCGAACAGCUGAAACUCGAACCGACUACGUUGGUGGAAAAGAAGAGUCUGGCCAUCACCAAGCUUACGAAGUUCUUGCAUCUUCAGAAACUCAGCCGAAAGAAGAAGCUUUUUGGCAGGUCUAAGCCGACAAACAAGGUUGUCGAGACUUCCAGCAUCAAGAAGGUCGCCAAAGGUCCUGCUAAUGUGACCCAGACCGACAGAGUGUACGUGUGGGUUCUCUACGUGAACCGUAACGAAGACGAGAUAGAAAAGAUUAAUCCCGAGAAGGAGAGAAAGGGCGUUUGGGUUUCGAAGAACUGGACCAUCGGCAGAGCAUUGGACUCGAUUGCCGACGGUGUGGGGAUCAUGAACCAUAACAACAAAACGCUGGACAGCAGCGAGAGACUACAGUUAUUUAAGGCUGUAGAGGAUGCGCCUGUCACGCUACCGACAAGCAAGAAGGUUGCAGGAAGCUUCACCAACGGAGACACUGUUUACUUGGUCAAGGGAACGUUGUAA